AUGAAGAAAGAUAUAGAGACUUUAAUAACCCAGGAAAAAGCGGAGAUCGUUGCCAAAUAUGAGAAGGGCAGACAGGAAGGAGCUCAGAUUGACCCAUGGGAAGAUGCUGAUUUCACGCUUUAUAAAGUUACAGACCGGUUUGGAUUCCUGCACGAGCAGGAGCUGCCAACCCGCACGGCCUUGGAAGAGAAGCAAAAACAGCAGGAAAUCGAACGUGUGGACAAGUGGCUAAAGAUGCUGAAGAAAUGGGGCAAAUACAGAAACAGUGACAAGAUGUGCCGGCGAGUGUACAAAGGGAUCCCUCUUCAGGUGCGAGGCCAGGUCUGGUCGCUUCUGCUGGACGUUGAGAAGAUGAAGAAGGAAAAUGAAGGAAAGUAUGAGCAAAUGAAAGAACAAGCAAAGAGCUUUUCAUCAGAAAUCAAGCAGAUAGAUUUGGAUGUUAACCGCACCUUCCGAAACCACAUCAUGUUUCGGGAUCGCUACGGAGUGAAGCAACAGGCACUCUUCCAUGUCCUGUCAGCAUACUCUGUUUAUAACACCGAAGUGAGCUACUGCCAAGGCAUGAGCCAGAUUGCAGCCAUCCUCCUGAUGUACUUAAACGAAGAGGAUGCAUUUUGGGCACUGGCACAGCUGCUGACCAACCAGCGGCAUGCCAUGCACGGCUUUUUCAUUCCUGGGUUCCCGACCUUGUUAUCAGACAAGGAGCAGAUGACUACGGGGAUUUACACGACCAAGUGGUUCCUGCAGUGUUUCAUUGACCGGACCCCCUUCACCCUCACCUUGCGGCUGUGGGAUAUCUACAUCCUGGAAGGAGAGCGGGUACUGACGGCCAUGGCUUACACCAUCCUCAAACUGCACAAAAAGCGCUUGCUGAAGAUGACGCUGGAAGAUUUACGGGAAUUUCUGCAGGAGAAAAUUGCCGCUUCCCUGCAGUAUGAGGACGAUGCUGUCAUUGAGCAACUGCAGGUGUCAAUGACCGAACUGCGCAAGAUGAAAUUUGACCUCCCCCCGCCAGCAAAGUCUGAGGAGUUCCCACGGAAACCCUUGGGCCUGGAGCUCUCCCUCAACCCAGUAGCCGUCUGGGUGAGCACCCCCUGGACAGGGAGCCCCAUCCCGACAGAGGUCCCAGGGCGCCAGGAGGAAUGA